AUGGCCAUAGCAAUUAAUCGAUUCUUUCACAUUUGCACAAAAGUUGAAACGAAAACGACGCUUCUGAUUGCGAAAACCCUUCACUUCAUUGCAUGGUGUUUUGCUCUUCUAAUCGUUUUGGUUCCCUCUCUCUAUGGAUGCUUCAAAGUGUUCAGCCCACGACUGUUCGCCUACACGUUUGCGUGUGGAGACUGUGGAGAUCUCUAUCAACAAGUCUACACUUUAGCAGGUGCGAUCAUUCCCGGCUCAAUUCUUCUCAUCUACGCGCUGAUUAUUUUGUGGAUCCAAUUCAGGAAAAGAGAGAUCUCCGUCAACUACUCACUUACAAUGCAAUGUUUUCUAAUCACUGUACCCGCUCUGAUCGCUCCACCACUAUUUUUCUCAAUGUCAUCGUGGUUUCCCGGGAACGCCUAUGUAGGAAUCAUUCCGAUGACAUGGACUGGGCUAGCUAUGUUGGCCAAUCCGACUGUUUAUUUUGUGUUUAAUGACUCGGUUAAACGCGCUAUGUUGUGUCUGAUGUGUCGCGAGAGAAAAGUGAUUUUUGGCGUCACCGAUAACUCGAAAUCACUGACUGACAAAAGACAAAAGAUCGUCACGCUUCAC